CCUGAAUCCUCUCUUUUCCUAUCAUGUCAAGUUGGGGAUGUGGGGCUUAAAUCGAUUCCGUGUUCGAAGCGGAGCACAUAUUUGGGGGAAAGUACAAAAAUUUCACAUUUCGAGUGGCAGACACGAUGGCCGACGAGGCGGAGGUCGAGGAGACGGAGGACUUCCACGACCUGGACUUCAACGACGACGAGGCGUCCUGCAGUGGAGCGGCGGGGGGAGCAGCAGGCGGAUCAGUUGGUGGCCAGGGGAUGGCGCGAGGGGAGCGCUUCGUGGUGAAGAAGUGGGUGGCGCACGCGCUGUGGUCGUGGGACGUGGCGGUGGAGAACUGCGCCAUCUGCCGCAACCACAUCAUGAACCUGUGCAUCGAGUGCCAGGCGGACCCGAACGCCAACCAGGACGAGUGCACGGUGGCCUGGGGCGAGUGCAACCACGCCUUCCACUACCACUGCAUCGCGCGCUGGCUGAAGACGCGGCUCGUCUGCCCGCUGGACAACAAGGAGUGGGUCUACCAGAAGUACGGCCACUAAUCUAGGAGGGAUCCAAAUCCAAAUCCAAUCUGGGUGUUCGGUUAGGUAUUCUGUGUGAUAUUUUAUUCUAAAUUAGAGCUGACUUGAGUGUUUAAA